UCUAUUACACCUACCUCUGGUCCCUCCGUUGAAGCCAUUCUUUGAUGAUGGUGAAGAUUGCAAUAACAUCAACUCUUGAAGAAUCCUAUAGCAAUCAAUUAAUUUGAUUAAGAAAAUAUAGGCAUUAGGCAAUAUACAUAACAUCACAUACUUAGUAGAAUCGUUAAAAGAAAUCAGAACAUUGCAGGAUGGUUUUAUACUUAAUGAUAAUUACGAAAACUUUUAAGCUCGGUGAUACGUUAAUGAACAAUUUUAAUUUACAAAUGCAUGUCAAAUGAAAAGUAAUUACAGCUUAAUGCAUCAUACCAGUCUCUAUUAAAAUAGCGUGAUGUGGUGAUGACUGAUGAAUGUAUUCGAUAACACGACAUGCAGCGUUGAAUGCUAUGCGACAAUGUAAACUCAAUGGAAAAAUACUGUCGUAUAAUGCUUUUGCUUCAUAAUAAGUCGGGUUAAAGAAAAUUAACAAUUAUUUUAAAUGUCGUCACAUUUACUGAGCAUACCAUUCAUUAUGCGGAUGAGGUCAGAGCGACAAAUAACUGUAAAAUGUGUAAUUUUGCCAUCGAAAGUAAAUUGAGGCGGAACAAGGUCGAUUUGUCAUGUCCCACUAUCAAACAAAUUGACCACAAACAUUGACAUUUUGAAAUUACGUUAGAUCAUGGAAAUUCGACGGAUUUUGUUCAGUAGACGAAUAACGACUAAUGACAAAAUAACACCACAUUUCUGCUAGCACUCGUAUAAAUCUACUAUAUAGAUGCUCUGUUUUUUAUUUGGAACAUUAAAAGUAUGAUUAAAAAAUAUAAAACUGCUAAACUAAACAAGAAUGUGGCACCUGCAAAGUCAGAUAAGCAAAACUACUGGGCUCAAUCAACGCAGCCGUGGUACGAGUGGAGCACAAACAAACCGACAAGCCGCAGUAAAAGCGAGGAAAGGCCGCUCCGACAGAUACCCUUUUUUCAAUCAUUCCGCCGUGAUCUCAGGGAAUACUUGCUGACCUCAACUCUACAUGGUCUGCGGUACGUCGGAGAAAAAAGGUUAACGUGGUUUGAGCGAUUUUUUUGGCUGGCAGCGUUUGGUAGCUCGUUAAUGUGCGCCGCAUUUUUCAUUUUAAACGUUUACGCAAAAUGGCGCAUGUCGCCAAUGAUAGUCAGCAUCAACCCCGAGAACAUGCCUCUCAACCAACUGCCCUUUCCCGCUAUUACUAUAUGUAAUGUUAAUCAAGCAAAGAAGUCUGUCGCAGAGCGAAUUAAGAAGUCUGGUGAUUCAAUCGACAAAAAAUUAUUGGAGAGCCUGUGUUCAACUCAAACCGAUGCAGAUAUUUUCGAAGACGAGCUUGCAGACAGUGCUAACUGGGACUACACGCGGUCUUUCCUUAUAAACGUAACCCAACCGUGCAACGAGAUGCUAUCGGUAUGCAUUUGGAACUCAGCGCAAAUGAGUUGUCAAGAUCUGUUUAAUGCACAGCUCACUGAUGAGGGCCUUUGCUGCACCUUUAAUGUUGUCCAUCGAGAAAAAAUGUUUCGAAACCCAAAAGCUUUGAAUGACAUGAACUUUACAUUCCCGUUGCCAACUGUUGAUUGGACUCCUGAAAGCGGCUACCCGGAUGAUGCUCCAGAUGACGGCUUCCCCUGGAAACCUAAGGGAAUUGGGACCGACCACGGGUUAACGCUUGUGUUGGACGCCAACACUGAGGAAUACUACUGUGCGUCAACGAAAAGCACUGGGUUCAAGAUUCUUCUGCAUAAUCCGACGGAAACACCAAAUAUAGCCAAAUUAGGGGAAGUGUAUGGGCCAGGCAUGGAAGCCCGCGUGGCCAUACAGCCGAGAAUCCUCGACGCUCAACCAUCGCUUAAAUAUAUUGACGUCAAUAAGAGACUCUGUCUGUUCUCCAACGAAAAAGAAUUGGUGUUCUAUAGGACUUACACAUUAAGAAAUUGUGAGAUGGAGUGUGAAUCACGCAAUGUGCUUGAUAUUUGCAAAUGUGUCCUGUAUUAUAUGCCUAAAAAUAAAACAACAAGAGUUUGUGGGAAAGCAGACGCGAAAUGUUAUAGCAAUUUGAAAAAUUAUGUGCCUCAAGGUCUUGAAAGAGGCUGCGACGAAUGUUUGCCUGCGUGCACGGAAAUCUCCUAUUCGGAACGGCCGAGUGGUGCGCCGCUGAACAAAGCACUUGUUAAUCGCUAUACGGACAGUAUUAGCUUGGCCCAAAAUCGAUCAGCUGAGUACUUUACUAACAAUAUGUUGAUAAUACAUUUUUAUUUCGAGGACAAUUCAUUUAUGAGGUUUACGAAAGGCGAAAUUUUUGGCCUCACGGAAUUUUUAUCAAACACUGGAGGUCUUCUCGGCCUCUGUAUGGGUUUUAGCAUGAUGAGUGCAGUCGAACUACUGUAUUACUUGACUCUGCGAGCUCUGUGUGUUGCCAGACAAAGGAAUACGGUGCAACCUUUUAUUAAAUAAAUAAUUUAUAUUUGUCUUUUAA